CAAUUAAGUCGGCUAAUUUUUUACACCCCUAGACUCUACGAGCUGGUUUUUCUCUCCCCGCAUACUAGGAAGUCAGGCAAAAGCCGCAGAGUAUUCACUCUCCCUCACUUCGCUCCUCCAUCGUCUCUUCCCAUUUAUCGGUCCUCUCCCACAGCUGCCUUAUCGCCUCGAAUGACCAGCGGCUCCGAUCCCCUCAUCCCCUCUACUCUCCAUUUUGAAAUCUGUCAAACUGCUUCACUCCGGUGAACAGACCUGCUCUCCACACAACCCCUCUCCAGUCUUUUGUGGCCGCUAACUGCUCAAGUCCUCAAACAGAACCCUGCCACUCUACCUGCAAAUCCUGAAAACUUUGGAAAACAAACAAAAAUCCUAAAAAAUGAAUUCGAUGGCAAAGAAAGUCUCAAACAUCUUCGGAUUCCCUGGUGCUGUGUGUAAUCCGUUGUGUUCAAUGCAUCAGCAAUUACAGCAAUGGCGAGGGAUCCGAGUAAGGGUACGCAAUGGAAACCUUGAGCAAGCGCUGGUUGUGAUGCAACGUAAGAUGCAAUCAAGUGGCAUGGAACGUCUGAUAAAGCGUCAGCAGACCGUCCAUGUCAAGAACUCUGAGAAGCGAGUCUUAGCUCGUAAGGCCUUGGAACGGAGGAUCCGAUCCCAAGAGCUUGCUCGCAAGCUCCAAGCCAUCCUUGUCAAGAAAGUCAGGGGUCUUUGAGAACAUUGUUGAGGAACUGGUUACUAGAAGCAUUAUUUGCCAAGGUUAUCUGCAUUUUGCCUUUCUGGCUGUUAAUCUUGUAGGUUCGUUCAUGUUAUUGUAUUUCCAUUGAACAAAGUCCUAAUUUACUUUGUUCUCUAUUAUUUGUGUUUGAUUUUAUAAUAAUCAGUCCCAGUCUUGGAAUUUUUUUGAAUGUUGGUCCCAGUAUCCAUAUUGGCCCAGGCCUCAAUGUUGCCUUUUUCAUAAGACAAAAAUGGAGAUUCUCCCAAAGUGAUGGGUGCUCCAUGAUGCUGAACGACAAUGUUUGAUUUUGGAAAAAACACCAUUAAGAUGUUUCAAUUGCAAUUUCCUACUUUUGAAUA